CGUUUCCAUUGUGACGAUGUUUGAUUAUGACGUCACAAUAGUUCUAUUCACGACGAAAUAAGUAUGGCGGCAUCAAAUCCAUUUAUGAAGUUAUUUAGUAGAAGAAGAAACAGAGUGGCCGCAUACGCUCCGACAACGGAGACAGCUGAGCAUGAAGCUCCUGAUAUUCCACGACAGACUGUGCCAUCUGAAGCUCCGGCUCCGAGACCAAGGAGGGGGAUACUGGGUCGGCUGAGGGGCGCCUGGAGGAGGAUCAGGAAAAUUGGUCGCAACCGGGUGCACCCUCAGCCACCCGAAACGGAACCCCCCGUACAAAAUGACAGAGAAAUUCAAUCUCCGACAGAAUCUCUGGCCAGUAUCACGAUAAGUAUAAUGAAGACGCCAUCAUUGAUCUCGCUUGUGGCCAGCCAGGCCUAUACGUGUGUCUUGAGUGAGGAGGAGGAGGAUUCAAAUGUUUUGAUUUCGUGUUAUGACAGAUGAAUAUCCAUAAAGGUGAUGGCUGGCUGUAUGACAUUGACACCCUCUUACGAUAUAAAACUUAAGUUCAUUUUAGUUCUUCGUUACACGCCAAAGAACAAAUCCGGAUUCCAUAUGUUUACCAGAUAUAUAACUGUAAAAUAAAAUCAUCGAAAUCUCAGGUCACACGAAAACUAUAACCUUUCAUUUAAUGUCCAUAUGCUUAAUU